GGUAAAAGUUUGAGGAAGAGAGCGGAGGCGGGUUCGUGCCACUCCUUAUUCUUCUUUAGAUUGCACCUCCGAACGAUUUUCUUUCUGACACCGCGCGCAGAGCACACACAGAGACAUCCUCGAGCUCCUCCGCGUCUCCCGCCUCUACAGAACAACUAUGUCCUCCGGAGUGGCUAUCGAUCCAUGUGUGGAUGAGUAUAUCAAUAGAAUGACGAUGGCGAAUCACCCUUCAAAGAAGGGAGCCUGUGACCGUCUGAAGGUCACGGUUUUGUGCAUAAACGAGACACAUGACAGGAUUGUAGUAGACAAAGCUAAAACCCGCAGCCUGAAUGACUUCGACGAUCAGGCGGACCUCUUCAAGCAGAUCAUGGACCUAUUCGAAGAGACUAAGUGCUGCUACGCCGUGUACGACUGUUUCUACCACACCAGUGAACACAUCGAGAAGGAGGAGCUUGUAUUCAUCAGCUGGUGCCCUGAGGAUGCGUCGAUCAAGGAUAAGAUGAUCUACUGUGCCUCAUGGAAGGCACUCAUAUGUAAAUUCCCUGCCAUCAAGUAUCACUGGCAGAUGUGUGACAAAUCAGACAAGGAUCACGAGUGUCUGGUUGACAAGUUUGGAGUGAAAGGUAAAGUUGCGGAGCUGGAGGGGGUAUGCCUGCACGGCCAUAAGUGAACCCCGGGGAGCCGGGGAACCCGGGGAACGCCCGGGGACUCCACUGUAGCGCCACAUCAGCAGGACACGCUAAUCUACCGGCUUCUGUUGUUUUUUCUUCCUUUUUUAUAGCUGCUGUGGAUAGAGUACAAUGUUGGGAAAACUGUCAACAUACAAUUAAGGUCUUGUGAUUUGGAUGGGUUGAAUUGAAUUUUUGAUGAAUAGGUGUGCAUUUUGCCAAGAACAAUCAGCAUGCUUUUGGGUUUCCAUUGUCUAAGCUCUCUUGCACAAGCACCAUACGAAUACGUGCAGAUGGCAGCAGCACUUCCUGCUUCUUAUGUCAACCAUCGAGUUUGGGUGUAUCCUAGAUUAAUCUCCAGCGCUUCUGCUAUGAAUCUAUAUAACUGUAUUUCUCCAGAGCUGGCCUUGCUUUGUGUAAACGUGUGCCAGUGUCAAUAUGUCAAUAUAACUCUGUAUUUCUCCAGAGCUGGCCUUGCUUUGUGUAAACGUGCGCCAGUGGAAGAUGUCAUGUUGCUGUGAGAGCUCUAUUCCUGACCCCUCUAUUAAUAAAGCCAUCCAAUGAAACAUGCAAA